UUCAAAACAUAGCAUUUGAUAGCACUAGCUAAUCCAUUUGAAUAUAUACUCGAGCCAAUCAAAUGGCAAAAGUAGCUGAAAUGGCAUAUGGGGUACCUGCACCCCUGGUUAGUGUAGUAGGGGACUGCUUUUGCGUACCAUACCAGAUAGACCUGAUUGUGAAGAAGACGAUAAGAGGACUCACAGACGCACAUAUUGAUGUACUAUUAAAUAUCAUUGGUAAUCUACACUUCCAACUUGAUGGCAGCCUUUUAAAAGAACAAAGAAGCAAAAGGGAAUAUGAUUUUGAGCUCAAUAGAUUGCAUUAUGACGCAAUGACAUGUCGUCAUAGGUGGAUAGUUCAUGGCGGGGAGAGUUCAGAUGCAAGCCAUAUUCUCUAUAGCGUGCAACGAUCUAGUUCCCUCCGGAUGAAAACUCGACUAGAUGUCUUCUUGCCAAGCAAUGCCGACGAAAAUGUCCCUAAUUUUCAAGUUAUUGGAUCUUAUCAUUCUCAGUCAUUCAAAGUGUAUAAAGGCGAAACUCUGCCUGCUGAGGUGAAUGACAACUUCAAACUAGGAAGCUUUCUAUGUAAAGGCAAGGAGAGCUUUCAAGUCAGAGUUUAUCCUGGAGUGGAUUAUGCAUUUAUCAUCUCACUUCUUGUUAUACUUAACGAAAAUGACUUCUAGACAACAUGCUAUUGUUUCUCUCUGUGGUUGUAAUUAGUAGUCUUUUUGGUGGAUUCUUGUGAUGUUUUAAUCUACAUUGUGUUAUUGUGUGAUAUAUAAGCUGAAUAAAUUUAGUCCUACUUAAUUG